ACGACGAUCAUGGCCGUCCAGUACGAUGGUGGGGUCAUCAUGGGAGCAGACUCGCGAACGUCAACCGGCACUUACGUGGCGAACCGCGUGAGUGACAAGAUCACCUCGUUACACGACCACAUAUACGCCUGUCGCUCGGGAUCGGCCGCGGAUACACAAGCCAUCACGGACUACGUGCGCUACUUUUUGGCGUCACACAGUGUGGAAUUAGGACGGCUUCCCUUAGUCAAGACAGCAGCAAAGAUGGCCCGAGGUCUGUGCUACAACAACAAGGAUCGGCUCUUGGCGGGGAUGAUCAUUGCAGGCUGGGACCCGGUGGAUGGGGGAACUGUCUACGAGAUCCCGUUGGGCGGGACCAUGAUGAAGCAGAAGUUUGCAAUCGGGGGAUCCGGCUCUACGUAUAUGUGAGUAGAAUCCGAUCCGGCGUAUGUUCUCCUCAUGCAGCAACGAGACUCUGUUACUGCUGGCAGCACCUGUCUAAAAGCGCGGCAGCGACAAGCUACAAUAUGAGACACCUAGUGCCCACCUCUCGGGAUUUGUCAUGCACAACAGAACAGGCACAAAUCCAACUCCUGGCAUUCACAGGUAGCCUAGCGCAAGUCUGAUCCUAUGCCCCAAGCUUGCACGGGUUGGCCGCUCGCUGAAUAGGGAUUGUGUUGAACGUUGGAUCUUGUUGACCGCC